CUGUGGACAGUUUGGCGGGACCAGCUUCCUGGCUCACUUGGAGUGGCCCGUGCAUUAUGAACUGGUGCACGCGCAUCGCAAACUUGAGUCUGCCUGCCUGGCGUGCAUCAACCGCUUCCAACGUAGCUUCCCGCGACUUUGAAGACCUGUGAAAACUCACGUAUAAGGUUCUUCCAAUGAUACUCUCCUCAGUUUUUUUGCCAAUAACUCUGAGUGCUUCAUUUCCCAGGUUACCAGGUUUGCAUCUAUGAGUGUCUAACCCACUCUGUAUCUGCUCAGGCUUGCCCUCUGCAAACCAACGGUUCACAUUGCGGUCUGAAUUUGCUCAUCUUACAUUUGACCAUUUGCUCUCUCAUUUGAUCUUGAUCGACUGCCAUGUCGACCCCGACACCCAUGAAGCAUGCGCCAUCGCAACAGGGGAAAACCCCUUCACAGUCUCAACAUGGAGCUGCCGCUAGCCCACCGGUAUCAACGCCUUUCUCGGCCUCGGCUGUUCAUGCUGCGUUCUCUCCUCAUGGCCCUCGCUCGUCACCGCAGCAGUUUAAGAAGUCGCCUGCAACAUCGACAAGCCUGACGGCUCACCCAGCGAAUGGCGCGAUGAAUUUUGACAGCCCGUCGGCUGCCGCCGCCUUUGGAGUUUUGGGUAUGGGUGGCAGCCUCGACCUCGGCCUCGACAACGUUGAUGUUGGUGCACUCGGCGGCCUGGGUGCUAUGGGAAAGAUCAACGAUGAUGAGAAAGCCAGACGACUUGAGGCUGUCAUCGAGAUUCUCAGUCAAAGCAAAGGCGUGGUCAGCGAGGCGGGCUUGGAGAGGCUUGCGAAGAGGCUCGGGCUGGAAUGUCUCUGGGAGGAUGAUAUGGGGAGCGAUCCCAAGUCGAGAACCCUUAUUGUGGCGGGCUCGGCGCUCGAACUUCUGAUCAUCCUAUCCAACAACAUCGUCCAGUCCGUCUCACUAGCAUUCCCUGAUUCACCCGAGAUCGUCACCAAACACGCGGAAAAGGCUGGCAAGAUAUUGCUUGAUGAUCUGAUGCUCCUUCCUGGCCAGUCUCCUUUGACCAAGAGGCUCGACAAAUUCGCAGCAAACUUCGAGCGCUUGGCUACUCUGGACAAACUAAGCAUCAACCCGGGACUGAAUCUCUACGAGGCUGUUGCCGGAAUAUAUGAGAGCCUGGAGAGGCUUCAUCAGUGGGACCUUCGGAAGAUCCGCGAGGACCCCGCACUUGUUGGAAAGAGCGACGAAUACCUUGCCAACAUGGUCCUCUGCACGAGGAAUGGUACGCCGGUAAUGCACGCAAGGAAUCGGGUAGGCUUGAGUCUCGAUUACUGGAAGGAAAAACGACUCAUUCCCUCGUCGAGCGAGAGCAUGGCCUCUUACAUGGCAAAAUACGAGGAAACGUGGGGCAUGCUCAUCAGUGUCGCGCUUCUUGGAGACAUGGCAAUUCCCCCAGUAAGGAUCUCGGAUAAGUGGGUAUCUGCUGAUGACGAGAAAGUCAACCUCGGCGAUGAUCUUCAGCUUGGGCCGCCUGCUACACUGGACUGGCUACAGCCCGACAACACCAUAAUUCAGGCCCAAGAUGCCGUUAAAGUCGCGGCAGACGCGGACUCCCUGAAGGGAAACGGGGAGAUGAUGGGCCCGAAGCUCCCGGAAGUCAUGUUCAUGGCCACUCUCGACCCUCCUCUGAACGUCCCCCUUCUCAUCUGGCAGGAGAUACGCCAGCUCGGCGGGGACCUGGAACAGCCGGAGCUGGUAUACACUACCUUGGACAGCCUAAUGUUCCCAAUCCCGCCGGGCAGCCAGAACGACCCUAGCGAGCUGCGAACCAUCAGCUGCAUCAAGGAGGUGGAGUUCAAGCCGCCAGGCGGCGGGGAGGUAUCCCUGAAGACUCACAGGAAUACCCUCUACAUCCACAAGCCUGUAUAUGGCAAGACCCUUAAAGAGAUUCCGUUCUCCCACCCACAGCAGCUGAUCGCCAUGUUGCCCUUCCUCCGGCAGUACGCUUUACUCUCAAAAGUCCUAGACAAUAGCUUUGGGCACAAGGCGGAUACGCCGGAUACGCCAGAGCCUCAUCCCUCUUCCAAAAGCACAACAACCACCACGGCCACCACCACCAAUCAGGAUAACUUUGGGGCAUUCAUGGCCGGUUCAAAUAAAGUGGCGGCGAAGCAAGUCAUUGGCAAUUUAGACGGCAGCCCGCAGCCUCUCUCGGUGGAUGUGACCUUGAGCGCACAUCCGGUCCCCCGAUUACAGAUUGUUUUCCCGUUCCGGUCGGCAACUGCUAAUGUCGUGCUCGAGGUUCGACCAAAUGGACAGCUCCACGUGGAAUCUCAAAACGUCCUUGACGAGACCAACUCGACAGCACCGAACGGGAGACAGAGACGGCCAGAAGACAUCGGCAAGGUCCUCGAGACCCUCGAGCAUAUUGGCAAGUGGUGUGAGUUCAUCCGGUCAAGGUGGGCAUGAGUAUGCGUAUAAUUUGACGACAGGCUGUGGCUUUAUACGCUACUGCCUCGCGCCAAUACUGAUGAAGAUGCGGGAAGAAUGGACUAGGUGCGCUAGUCGUAUGACAGUUUCAGUUACGACCCGAGACCCGUCGCAAAACAAAGAAGCCUUUCUUUCCUGGAUGUAUCCAUAGUGUAGUGUAAAUAAAUAGUGUAGAAUUAGGGUGGAUUAGAGUACAAUCAAUCGAAGAUGCAACCUACUCGUAUUUCGGCGGGAGAUGUUUCGACAAUACCGGUACAAUGCGUACGGAACGGAUAUGGAGAAGACUCAGAAGAGGAAAUAGGACCAUCGCAGAGAUGCAAGGUGAGUGCAGACGAGGAGGCUCCAGACCCCGGAGGCUCCGGGCAGGGGAAACGGGCCACCAGGUGGAGCAUCCAUGAGUCGAAGCGAAAUAACCAGA